AUGCCCCGUAGUCCGAUAUUAGGUCUGGAUUUCAAAAAGGUGCCUUCUGCCAUCUACACUAUCAACCACAUCAAUGAUCGGAUUCUUGGAAAGGCUGUAAUAAUCUUUAGACUAUGUUGGCUUUGCAUCUGCACGCCAACCGACAGACCCCGCAGCAUCAAUGAUAUCGUCCAGCAGGACUUACGCUCACCCAACCAGCGGAAUACAGUCUCGAAUGAACAUGGUUAUCAGAUCAAUGAAUUACAUCAGUCACAUCCCGAAAUCCAACGUAUUUUCAAACUGUAUCAAAUGAACCUCGUAAUGAUUGAGACAAACUUAGGAGAAAUUGACAGGUUGGAAUAA